GUCUUAAAAGGAAAAACAAAUCUAAAACUGCCGUUAACAACAAAGACCGUACGUUGGUUUGGACCCAAUUACUACGACUGCUGUAGUACUGUAGUGUUAUUCCCCCCCUUGGCGUUCUCCGCCUAUGUCUAUCCAUAUAUCCCUCACACACAGUCAUCACAGGUGUUCUCAAUAACAACUAACUAAGUAACUAACUAACUUAUAUUGUUUGAUCCAUCAAAACAACUCUGUGUAUAUUUAUGGCUUUAUUGUCAGUUCAGUCAUCAUCUGCUCUGUAUUUUGGUGGGUCCAUUAUUUCAUCAAAUUUUAGACCGUCUUGUUCCUGUUCCACCCGGUUCACAGAUUCCAGAUCCUCUGCUACUAGUUUCAAAACUUCCGGCUUAUCAUUCACGCCACCACCGGUUCAUUCCUCAUCCCGGUUUUCUAAUUCAUCACGCCCAGGAAAAGUGCAGGCAAGUGUUCAGGGAUCAUCUGAACCUGAUGAAUCCUCACUUGUGGUCUGCUUUGGUGAAAUGCUUAUAGAUUUCGUCCCAACAAUAAACGGGCUUGCGUUAGCUGAAGCCCCUGCCUUUAAAAAGGCACCUGGUGGUGCACCCGCAAAUGUUGCUGUGGGUAUUUCUCGUCUCGGUGGCUCAUCUGCUUUCAUCGGGAAGGUUGGAGAAGAUGAGUUUGGUUACAUGCUUGCUGAUAUUCUAAAGGAAAAUAAUGUGAAUAAUGAAGGAAUGAGGUUUGAUCCUGGUGCUCGUACUGCUUUAGCUUUUGUCACUCUGAAAAACAAUGGGGAACGUGAAUUCAUGUUUUACCGAAAUCCUAGUGCUGAUAUGCUUUUACAGGAAUCUGAACUUGAUCUUGAUUUAAUUAGGAAGGCAAAGAUCUUUCAUUAUGGUUCUAUAAGUUUGAUUACUGAACCAUGCAAGUCAGCUCAUAUUGCUGCCACAAAGGUUGCAAAGGAUGCCGGUGUUCUUUUGUCUUAUGACCCCAAUUUGAGACUUCCUUUGUGGCCGUCUGCAGAGAGUGCCCGAGAAGGAAUCUUGAGCAUAUGGGAUACAGCGGACAUUAUCAAGAUAAGUGAAGACGAGAUUGAAUUUUUGACAAAUGGCGAAGAUCCGUAUGAUGAGAAUGUUGUCCGUAAAUUAUACCAUUCAAAUCUUAAAUUGCUACUUGUUACAGAAGGACCAGAUGGUUGCAGAUACUACACAAAGGAGUUUAGUGGAAGAGUGAAUGGUAUCAAGGUUGAUCCCGUGGACACGACAGGUGCCGGAGAUGCUUUUGUGGCUGGGGUAUUAUCAAAACUUGCGGCAGAUGUCUCGUUAUUGAAGGAUGAAAAGCGGCUGCGAGAAGCCCUUAGGUUUGCAAAUGCUUGUGGAGCAAUUACUGUGACAGAAAGAGGAGCCAUUCCAGCAUUACCGACUACAGAAGCUGUCAUGAAUGCUCUGCUGAACACUGUUGCAUAAUUCCGGCUGUAUAUUAAUCACUUCCAAGACCACCUCCAAUUUUUCCAGAAUGGUGAGCCAAUAAACAUGAUUGUUAUGUACCAAAUUAAGCUUGCCGUUGUUGUAACUGUUAACUUACGAUCUAGAUAAUUUUGGCUGAUUCAUUCUCAUCAAGUGUAGUCUAAAUAAUACCUUUGUAGAUGGUAAUAAAGUUAUGGGAAUGAAUUCCUCUUUGUACCAUCA